AUGUCAUUAUUACCAGUUAACUCCUAUCGUCGUCGUUCAAAAGAUAAUACCGUUGAUGAUGAUGUCUUUGGAAAUGAUUUUGAACUCUUUGAUCCAUGGAUGGAUUUAGAUUUAAAUAUGCCAAAAUCAUUUCGUUGGAUUAAUCAGCCAAAGCAUCAUCAACAUCAUCGACAACAAGAAGAUAAAAUUGCUCCAGCAUUGUUACCACCACCGUCAUCAGCACAUGGUGAAAAAUAUCGUGUAAAAUUGGAUAUAUCUGGAUUUGAUCCAGAAACAAUAAAAACAAAAAUUGAUGCUCGCCAUUUAGUUGUAGAAGCUAAACGAAAAAGUCAUAGUUCUAAUAGUAAUGAUAAUAAAGCAUUAGAAAAACGAUAUGAUUUACCUGAACAUGUUUAUGAACAUGCUGAUGCUGAACAUUUGGUAUCUUACGUAACACCAAAUAAUAUAUUGAUUGUUGAAAUACCAAUUCGUAAUCCUGAACAUGAACAUCGUAAACUUCAAUCACAGGGAACAAAUGAUCAUCAUUUAGUUCCAUACGGUCAAAAUCGUGAUCAAUUAUUUGAUUAUAAUCAUUUUCAUACAUCAGUUUUUACACCAAAAAUUGUUGAUGUUGAUGGACAACAAAAAAAAUUACAAAUGAUUUUACCAAUGAAAAAUUAUCGUCCAGAACAAAUUAAAGUUUCAGUUAAAAAUAAUGAAUUGAUUAUACAAGGUGAACAUGUUUCAAAUGAUAGUCAACAUUCAGAGAAAUUUUAUUUUUAUAGAUCUGUUACACUACCACCAGGUACACAAACUGAUCAUUUACAAACUCAUUUAACACAAGAUGGUCAAUUAAAAAUUGAAGCACCAUUUAAUGUUCAUAAUAAAUAA